AUGUCAGAUGAGUUAGCUUCCACACUUGCUUCUAUUCAGGAGUUCAUGGCAGGGGUUAGUAGACGUUUGGAUCAGAUAGAGAGUUCUCGCCAGGAUCAUCAUCCAGUCGGCAUCAGCACUAACGAUACAGUUCCCCAUGUACCCCAGACAGCGCAGGUUUUUCCACCUGGGACUUCACAUGGCGUUCCAUUCCAUUUAUCAGAUCAUUGUGAGACUGCUCCACCACCUGCUGUCAUAGUGUCACCUCCCAUGGUUCCUACUAUUAAGGAUACUCGAUUAGCCGAGCAGGAGGCCAACGUUGAGAAGCUUAAGUCCAUGAUGAGACAGAUCAGAUUGCAGGAUGGAGGUUUGACUUGGGAUGACAGAGAUGGCAUACCGGCGGCUAGUUUACCCGCCAAGUUUCGCAUGCUAGACAUUGAGCGUUACAGUGGGAUUGGUUGUCCCAAGAUCCACUUGAGACUAUACAACACAGUCAUGAGAGCACAUGGUAUAGAUGAUAUGCAGUUGGUGGCCCUCUUCCCUAUGUCACUUAGUGGAGCAGCUCAGAGCGCUGACAUUGAUGUAUCUAGACGAGAGUUGGAGGCCACCAGACAGAGGCCAGAUGAGUCUAUUUCUUCCUUUGUCACUCGUUGGAGGGCAAAUGUGGCUGGUUUGAUAGACCGGCUUAAGGAGCAGAAUCAGAUCGAUAUGGUUCUUCGAAACUUACAGCCGAGGUUCGCUAGGCAUCUUAUGGGCAUCCCAUUUCAGGAUCUUAGGAGUCUAGUUCAUGCAGCUUUUAGUGUUGAGGAGGCUAUUGCUCAAGGAUUAUGGACAAAUACUACUACUUCCCCUGACAGUAAGGGGAAGAAGCCGAGUGAAUCAUCUACCAGAUUUGGAGAGGAGCCUUACAUUGCUCAGACCAGCAUGCAGCCACGACCACCACAUCCGAGAGCCGCUACUUACCCGCCAUCUAGACCAUAUGCACAGAGGCCUGUGAGACAGUUUACUCCAUUGGGUAUGACUUUGACUAGAGCUUUUGAGAAGCUCAGAGGCGCGGGAUUGAUUGUUCAUUUGGCACCACGCCCUUUGCCACAUUCUAUUCCUCAUCAUUUUCGCUCACAGGAUCACUGCUUAUAUCAUCAGAUUCAGGGGCAUGAUACUGAGCGUUGUUCGGCGCUCUAUCAUGCGGUACAUGACUUGAUUGAUUCAGGGUUGGUUGACUUGGCUGGGCCAAGUGUGACCACCAAUCCUCUGCCUGCACAUUCUACACAUGCAAUUCCUCCUCCUCCUGGUCUUCAGUAG